UAAUUGGUUAAUUGGUUUCAUUGGUUAGCAGUGUUGAAACCAAACCAAAUAAGCUAAAUUGUUUAACCAAACCAAACCAAUUAUCCAAAUUAACCAAACCAAAUUAACCGAAUGCUACUGGUUAAUAUGAUUACCACGGUAACCAAUCUGUUUGAACACCCCUAGUAUCAAUGAGCUUAAAAUCAUGGAUUUAACAAUCUCUAAUUUUGAGAGGGGGGGGGGGGUGAGAAACAGAGCGCAAAGGGGCGCUCCUCUAACCCUUAGAUAUUAACUGAACAGGGGGACUGAAUCCCCAAAGUUGAAAAAUACAACCAAUAGCUCAGUGUUGAGCUUUGGUUGUCAAACACAUGAAUCCCCAUAGGUAGGCCUAGGCCUGUUAACGGGUGGCCGGUUAUCCGGUUAACCGCGUAACCGAAUCGAGACCGUCGGUUUUUUGGUUGACCGAAAACUGCGUCGUCGGUGUCGGUUGGCUAUUACCGGCAAAUUAGAGAGGGAUGCGGUUAUCAGUGAAAACUGAAACCAUGGCAGUUAAACCGCGACCGAAAGCCGCGUCGUCGGUGUUGGUUGGCGCUUUCGGUUGGCAGUGUCACGACCUUACUCUUGGUCGUCCGACCCUAGCUCUCAAUUCCGUUAGAGAUCCUAGGCAGCCUUCUCACAAGCUCUCAAACUCACUCAACUCACAAGAAGAAGACACAAGAAGAUGGGAGAAACUCUAUAGUUGUAUUGCUCACAAAAAUGAUGGAUGCUUACAAAUGAGGAGGAGGUGCUCCUUUUAUAGGCCCUCCUCUCUUACAAGGUGUAAAUACCUCUCAUAAUGCUCUCCCCCAUUAACACACUGAUAACGAUGUAAUUGCACAUAUUUGCGCCCCUAGUUCUUAUCCGUUUGAGGGGCAUAGUCGUGUGUUUUGGCCUAUUUUACGCCGGGUUGUGCUAUUUUGUCAUGUUUCAGGUCCCAGGCGUUAAAGGGAAGGCUAACCGCGAGUUUCGGGGCAUUCGGAAGUCAUUCGGUUAGCUGGAGCCAAAACACGGGCAGACCCAAGGCAUUACACGGCCGUGUACUGCUGGCCGUGCUUUUUAUGCCGAGAGCAAAUUCAGUUUGGCCAAUUCAGCUGCAAACACGGGCACCGAAGCACGGCCGUGUCCAACGCGAAGCACGGCCGUAUUUAACCCACUUGCUGGCCGUGUAAUUAAGCCCUGGCCGAGACACGGGCGGAGUCAGGCAAAGCACGGCCGUGCCCUCGAUCGUGCUUUGGCCACUGAUGCUUUUAAGCAGAUUUUCAGCCACAAUUCAGGGGGAUUGGAGUUUUUGAGAGAAAGAACGACUUCUAGAGAGAGAAAGUGACGAGCAAGAGUUCCCAAGUGCCCUAGAUUGAUCUUCAACACCAUUGGAGGCCAGCUUGAGCUUGGAGAAGUGCCAAUCAACGUCCAGAAGCAGGAAUCCAUCCUUCGCAGUAUGAAUUCCGUGUCUGAUUCUGCUUUUGCUUUCUUCUCCAUGGAGUAGUUCUCUCAUUCAUCUGGGUAUGGAGAACCCUAGAUUUGUAUGUUAGGCUUUGAUUGUAUGAACCCAAGUGCUGAUUCUGUGAUUGAUUAUAUUCGAUUGAGGUUUUAAUGAUUGAAUGACUUGAAUCCUGAUCAAAUUCCUGUUGUUUCUGCUUUAACCUAGAAUGAGAAUAUCUGCCUAGUGGAGGAGUGCAUGAGGGAGUCUACCACACCCCAGGAGCAGUUGGCCUUCAUCGCCAAUGCGAGGCGCCUCGAUCCAUACAGCAGCACAUAUAAUGAGGGGUGGCGCCAGCAUCCCAACUUCGCCUGGAGCAGCAACACCACUAAACCACCUGGUUUCCCAGCACCAGCAGGUGGUUUUCAGCAGAGGCAGCCCUUCCAGGCUCGCCAGGGGCCAGACCCACAGCAACAGCCCUACCAGCCCAGGCAGGGGCAGCCAUUCCAGCAGCCCCAGCGCCAGUUUGCCGAGCCAGCAGCAGCUCCGGCCCCAGAUGACAGGAUGACGAAGCUGGAAAACAUUCUAGCUUCAUUCAUGACUAGCACCCAGGCUGCUAUCAUAUCACUGGAGGCAGGUCAGCGGAACCAGGGUGCCAUUUUGCAAGAUCUGCAGACCCAGGUGGGCAUCUUGGCCCGCCAAAACACUACCAGAGCACCGGGGACUCUGCCUGCCACCACUGUUCCGAAUCCUCGAGAUCCUCACCAGCAUCAGCAGCUGGAUGCCAUUUUUACCAGGAGCGGUAAGACCAUAUCUGCUGAUCCUGUCCCGGCCAGACAGGAGGAACCACUGCCUGCUUCAGCACUUCUAGCCGACGAUGCAGAAGUGCGGGUGGAGAAGGAAGCCCCUGCUCCCAAGCCACAACCAGUGGUUAAGGAGCAUGUACCCCAGCUUCCCUUCCCCACUCGCCUACACAAGGACAAGCUGGAGACUGAGUUUGCCAAGUUCAUGGCAAUGUUGAAGCAGCUCAACAUCAGCAUACCGUUCAUGGAGGCACUGUCGAAGAUGCCCAAGUAUGCCAAGUUCAUGAAAGAUAUCUGCACCAACAAGAAGAAACUUGGGGAUCUUUCGACAGUAAUGCUCAGUGAGGAGUGUUCUGCCAUCCUGCAGAACAAGCUGCCCGAGAAGCGCAAGGAUCCAGGGAGUUUUACUAUCCCUCCUACUAUUGGCAGCAUGCAUGUAGGAAAGUCCUUGGCGGACCUAGGCGCUAGCAUUAACGUCAUGCCAUAUAAGUUGUAUAAAAUGCUAGACCUAGGUGAACUUAGUCCUACUAGGAUGAGCAUUCAAUUAGCUGAUCGUUCUAUUGUGCAUCCUAGGGGAAUCAUAGAGGAUCUGCUUGUUAGUGUUGGUGCAUUCACAUAUCCUGUUGAUUUUAUUAUUCUUGAUAUACAUGAGGAUGUGGAUGUACCCUUGAUUCUAGGUAGGCCAUUUCUUGCCACCGCCAAGGCACUUAUUGAUGUGCAUGAUGGUAAACUGAUACUGCGUGCUGGGGAUGAACAGGCUACUUUUUCUGUGACCGAGUUUGAUCACUGUGCUAUGAUUGAUGUCACGCCUGUGCAUGCUAUGUCUGAUCAGGUACACGAGCCUGUCGUGUAUCCUUCUGCACCUCCUAUUUUGCAGGACCCUCCUAUCAUUCCUUCGCCGCCACUCCAUCCAGCCUCGCCUCCGAACAAAAAGCUCAAGGAGGAGUGGCGGCCGAAGCAGCAAGUUGCUAAGCCUGCGCGGAAGAAGAGUGGAGACCACUAUGAGCUGGUCCCACCUCCUGCACCACGACCACCCUGGCCGUCUGGGUACUCACUCGCCUGCAUCUUGCCGGAUGGCCAGGUCGAGCUGACCGAUGAUGGUGGUCGCAUCCGUCGGGUGCAGGGCCACAACCUGAAGCUGUACCUCAAGAGCGACGUGGAUCCGCUCUUGGAGGCACCUGUUCCUGCACCGCCCUGAGUAUCCACCAUGGGCGUCCAGCUAAUACGACGGUAAAGAAGCGCUUGUGGGGAGGCAACCCCACCACGGUUUGAUUUUCUUUCUUGUGUUUUGAGUCGGAUUGUAACCCGGUUUGGGUUUGGUUUGUUUUCUUUUGGUUUGGAUGGUAUUUUAUUGGGCUGACCAUUGCACCUAACAUAUUGUGUUUGAGCUCUUCUGUUCCCCUUUGGCUGUGCUUGCCCCGACUGGCCCGUUUCCAGUCUCCUGCAGUCCGUGCAUACCGGUAACAUCGUUCCCUUUUCCUUCCCUCUUCUCCAUUGAGGGCAAUGUCGAGCUUAAGUGUGGGGGGAUGUUUAUCUUUAACUGCAUUAGAUCUGUUUGUGUGCUUGGAGCCUAGUCCACUGUCCAAAUUUUUAAAUUUGAGGGCUCCAAGUACGUGUUUCCAUGCAAUUGCCUGCUCAGUAUGCUUUGAAUUGACAGUCUUUAUAGUAAUAUGCAACCUAGGGAGGUAGUGUAGCACUAUGGAGGAUGUUGAUGCAUUUAAGAAGUCUCGUUUCUUCUUCAUAUUGUGUUGGUUGAUUGAGUGAAUUAGUGAUCUUAGGACCCUUGAAUUGUGUGGUGUUGUGGAUUCUCUGCCUGUCAUGGACUCUUGUGUCAUGUUUUGAAAAUAACAGGUGCUCGAAAAUGUGCUUCAAAAUAAACGUCUCCCGUGCGAAUAGGGCGAAAGUGUGUAAGGGGAGACGGGAAUCCGUUCCCAAUUUCCACCUACUACCUCCAGCCCCCUUACAUGUCUUUCCCCCGCACGAGGCUCGAGACAUCCGCUCCUGGCAUGGCCGGUAAGAGCGGGUUGGGACCCUUGAAAAGAAAAGAAAAGAAAAUAACAGAAAACAAGCAAAACAGAAAGAAAAGGGGUUCCAACCAUCCUUAAGCAGAAAAUAGAGCACCUUGAAAAAUGUGAGUCCAUGAUCUGUUGUUUUUGAGAAUCUCUUCAUCCACAAUUCAUUUCUCCUCUGUUCACUAUUUGCCAUGAUGCCGACUCGCCGAAGAAGCUAUGAGAUGACUUGUGCGUCGGUUGACCUCGUAAGUUGCUAAAUGAUCUAGGAAGUCCUCUACCUACGAUCUGGGUUGUUUGUUGCUAUAGAGGUCUGGAGAGCUGCAUUGGUUUGAGUUAGGUUUGCUUGGGGACAAGCAAACGGUUAAGUGUGGGGGAGUUUGAUAACGAUGUAAUUGCACAUAUUUGCGCCCCUAGUUCUUAUCCGUUUGAGGGGCAUAGUCGUGUGUUUGGCCUAUUUUACGCCGGGUUGUGCUAUUUUGUCAUGUUUCAGGUCCCAGGCGUUAAAGGGAAGGCUAACCGCGAGUUUCGGGGCAUUCGGAAGUCAUUUCGGUGAGCUGGAGCCAAAACACGGGCAGACCCAAGGCAUUACACGGCCGUGUACUGCUGGCCGUGCUUUUUAUGCCGAGAGCAAAUUCAGUUUGGCCAAUUCAGCUGCAAACACGGGCACCGAAGCACGGCCGUGUUCCACCAAAGCACGGCCGUGUCCAACGCGAAGCACGGCCGUAUUUAACCCACUUGCUGGCCGUGUAAUUAAACCCUGGCCGAGACACGGGCGGAGUCAGGCAAAGCACGGCCGUGCCCUCGACCGUGCUUUGGCCACUGAUGCUUUUAAGCAGAUUUUCAGCCACAAUUCAGGGGGAUUGGAUUUUUUGAGAGAAAGAACGACUUCUAGAGAGAGAAAGUGACGAGCAAGAGUUCCCAAGUGCCCUAGAUUGAUCUUCAACACCAUUGGAGGCCAGCUUGAGCUUGGAGAAGUGCCAAUAAACGUCCAGAAGCAGG